UUAAAUUUAAAGUGACAUUGUUGUGAAUUAUUGAUUUUUAAAAUUCUUUAUGUUUACUUCUUGUUGAAUACGAUUGCCUGCUUCUAAAAAAUGUGGGUUGAUUUACUUUUAUUUGUUGCUUUACUAAUCGGAAUUUUUACAAUAUUCUACACAUGGAACUAUGAUUACUGGAACAAACGACGCCUUCCAUACGUAAAACCAAUUUUUCCUUUUGGUAGCCUUAAAGAUGUAAUACUGUUUAAGAAAACUUUCAGCUCAUUAUUAGAUGAUUGGUAUUAUAAAUAUAAAGAUUACAAAUAUAUUGGAGUAUAUUUUGGACGACAUCCUGUAUUGUUCAUUCGUGACGCACAAUUGAUUAAAGAUGUUAUGGUGAAACAUUUCAAUCAUUUUCAAGAUAAUAAUGCACGUAUCAAUGAAAAAGCAGAUCCAAUAGCUGGUAACAAUCCUUUUAUGUUGAAAGGAGGUCGGUGGAAAUCUACAAGAGCUCAUUUAACACCAGGUUUUACAGCUCUGAAACUAAAACAAAUGUUUCCAAACAUGUUAUCUGUAAGUGAACGACUUAUUUCAUACAUUCAACAAAAUAUUGACUCAUCCAAAAAUAUUAUUGAAGCAAAAGAUCUUUCCACCAAUUUUGCAACUGAAGUAUUUACAUUAGCCGCUUUGAAUAUAAAAUCCGAUUCAUUUGAAAAUCCAAAUAGUCAAUUUAAAACCAUUGCAGGUGAUUUGUUGGCAGGCUCACAUUUAAAAUUGUUCAUAACAUGGACAUUAACGAUUGUAGAUCCUGCGCUAGCGGUAUUGCUGCGUAUUAGAAUAUUAUCUAAAAAAGGCGAAAUGUACUUUAGGAAAGCAAUAAGUGAUGUUUUGGCUUACAGAGAACAAAAUAAUUUGGUUAUCAAUGAUUUUUGUAAUUAUUUAAAUAACAUUCAUCUUAAAAAUAGUGAUUUCACGAGAGACGAUGUAGUUUCAAAUAUAGUUACAAUAUUUCUUGAUGGAGUCGAAACAUCAUCCCAAAUUUUGCGAUUUUUACUACGAGAAGUAGCAGCUUAUCCAGAAGUGUUUAAAAAAUUACGAAAUGAAAUAGAUACUAUUAAGAGCAAAUAUGAUGAUAAAAUUACUUUUGAUGGAUUACAAGAAAUGACUUAUUUAGAUAGUUGUUUAUUCGAAUCGUUGCGUAUUUAUUCGACUCUAUUGACAACAAUGCGCGUAUGUACGCAACCAUUUGAAUUCCCACCACCAAAAGAAGGUGAACCUGGUCUUAAAAUACAGCCAGGAAUGGGAGUGUUACUUCCAUUAUUUUCAAUUCAUAAUGAUGAGAAAUUACAUCCUAAUCCGAAGGAAUUUAACCCAGAGCGAUUUCAUAAUGAAGAAAUGAAGGUUCAGGCGAAAGCUAAUUUUUAUGGAUUUGGUGAUGGUCCAAGAAUGUGCUUAGGUAUGAGAUACGGAUCAUUGGUUGUAAAAUUAGGAGUCGCAAUAAUUAUAUCCAAUUUUGACGUGACUGUAAAUGAAAAGACAAAAGAACGACCAAAAAAUAUAAGUCCAUCAUUUCUAUUCGCACCAAGUUUUGAACCAAAUUUAGAUUUUCAUAAGCGUGCAACAAUUUAUAAAUAA